UUCCAUUUGCUGUCGAGUUGCUCUCCAAUUAUAUUUGCCGUAGUCUUUUGUUUUUCUUUUUUUCUUAAAAACAAUCAGUUGUUCGUAAAAAAAGAUUCAAAUUUGGAUAUUACGUAAAAUUGGUAAUUUAUUUUUUUAUUUUUUUCAUUUACCUUGAAAAAAUUGAAGAGUCUACAAUCUGCAUCUCUCCCGACGACGUUACCCACCAAUUGUUCAUUGUUCCUCUCCCCGACUCUGCCCAUGAAACGCCCCUGAUUCUCCCCGGAAUCUUUCUACCGUGACCGACCGUCCAAGCUUACUCCGGUUUUCUCCAAAGCCUCAAAUUCGCUCUCUAUAAUUGGAAAUAUUCUUAGGUUUAGACGAUGAUAAAACGACCCAGUAGUAAUUGCUCAAUCUGCGAGAAUACGAAUCGAGCUUCUAUCUGUAGCGCUUGCGUUAACCAUAGAUUGAUUGAGUUUAACACAUCGUUGAAGUCACUAAAGACUCGACGAGAUUCUUUGUAUUCAAAACUAAGUGAGCUAUUGGAAGCAAAGGGAAAAGCUGAUGCUCAGAAGAAGUGGAGACUCCUUCAAAACGACAAGCUUUCAAACUUGAAAAAUAUUAUUCAGCGCAAUAAAGAAGAUAUAACUCAAGGGAAGGCUAAGAUUGAAAGAGAAUCUCGUGAUCUCAAACUCAGAUAUGGGGUUCUUGAUUCUGCUCGCUCCACACUGGAGAAAAUUAGAGUUGAGCAAGUGGAGAAGUAUUUUCCUAAUCUAAUAUGCACUCAGAGCCUUGGCCAUAUGGCAAUUUCGUCUGAGCGGCUUCAUAAACAGUCAGUGGUUGUGAAGCAAAUAUGCAAACUGUUCCCUAUACGCCGAGCUAGUUUCGACGGAGACGUCGGAGAGUAUGAUCUCAUUUGCAAUUCACGUCUUCCCAAAGGUCUUGACCCUCACUCCAUCCCAUCUGAAGAGCUUGCUGCGUCGUUAGGGUUGAUGGUCCAGCUUCUGAACCUUGUUGCUCACAACUUAGCCGCUCCUGCACUCCACAGCUCAGGUUUUGCGGGCUCUUGCUCGCGAAUAUGGCAACGGAACUCCUAUUGGGACGCACGUCCUUGUACCCGAAGCAACGAGUAUCCUCUCUUCAUACCCCGCCAAAACUACUGUUCAACCAGCGUUGAAAACUCAUGGACAGAUAAGAACUCUAGCAAUUUUGGUGUUGCGUCCAUGGAAUCCGUUAGAAAAGAAGCACGUUUGGACUCUACAGGAAGCAACAACAGCUUUAAUUACUCCUCUGCUUCUCCUCAUUCGGUGGAGUCACACAGAGAUCUGCAGAAAGGGAUAGCUCUUCUUAAGAAAAGCGUUGCUUGCUUGACAGCUUAUUGUUACAAUUCUCUUCACCUCGAAGUACCUCCCGAGGCUUCUACUUUUGAAGCAUUUGCCAAGUUAUUGGCCACACUUUCGUCAUCAAAGGAAGUCCGGUCUGUUUUCUCGCUCAAAAUGGCUUCUUCAAGAUCAUGCAAGCAGGCUCAACAACUCAACAAAUCCAUUUGGAACGCUCACUCUGUCAUCUCAAGCUCCAUACUUGAAAGUGCCCAUCUUCCGAGGAACGCAAGUUAUAACCCUGCAACUGAAUCAUCAAAUAUUCGUAAGCACAACGAUAUGAACGGAUGGGAUUUGGUGGAGCAUCCAAAGUACCCUCCACCGCCAUCACAGUCCGAGGAUGUUGAACACUGGACUCGCGCUAUGUUUAUCGAUGCCAAGAAAAAAUGAAGGCUGAUUCUUGCUUGUUGAAUGAUGUGAAACCUUUGGUAUAUUUUGCCUUCGAAUGUACAGAAACACAGAUCACUGGUAGGAUUCUAUUUCGUCUUUCCGUUUGAGAACAGAACAAGAUUAAACUACGAAAAGUAUUCUGGUGUUAUUUUUAUUUUCAAAAAUUGCUUUUCCAUUCCUAUUUUAGUUUUCAAGUUUU